GCCCACAUUAGGAGUUCACGUGACUGACCGUCGCCCAGGUUGUGUCGAAAGCAUCCUGGUAUUAGCAAUUAGCUAUUCGCUGAUAAAAAAAAUAUAAAGUGACGUGUAGAUAUAUUUAUGAUAUGCGAAUUAUUAGCCUCGCUCUAGUGGGAAGAAAGACGACCGGGAACUACUUAAACUGGCCCUUUCAACAUGGUCUGAAAGAGAUCAGUCAACAUAGCUAACGUUAACAAAACAUUAGCGUUAGCUAACAUUCAAACUUUGACGGGCAAUAGCAGCUAGCUUGUUGCUAGUUUGCUGGUUUACUACUGCUUUUCUAGCUAGGUCGGUAACAUUUCUUGUUAUUCUAACAGUUAUGCCAACUGUUUAGUGUUGUAGGCGUUUGCAUACUGUCUAGUAACGCACUAUUUUGGUCAGUCGCGUAUUUAAAAUAAGCGUUAAUGUUAUUAUUAUAUAAGUUGUAUAAGUAACGUGCGCUAACUUAUGAAUAAUGACUACUGUUAAACGGCUAAUGCUAACGUUAGCCACUUAAACUUGCUGUAACUAACAUCCACAGUUACUCAAAAUUAGUACUGAUGAGCCUUCUCGUAGCUAACUUGUGGUGAUAGAACGCGUUUGAUUACAGUUGUUUACUAGCUGUAAAUUAAAUAGCUACACAUCUGUGAUUUCUGACUGAUUUCAGCCAAUCACAUGAUAAAAAUAAUGCGAAAUACCAGGAUGUCAAACGCAUGGGGAUUAACAUUAGGGCAUCAGUAUUGUGUAGAAAACACAGCUGUCCGCUCACCUCGAUAAUCUUUGUAUCCAUCAUAAUGCAGCUACAAUAGAUUUUUUUUUUUUUUGUAAUUACUGGCCGUGUUGUGGAACAUCCUGUAACCACUAAAACAUUUUGCAUUCUGCCCAGCACAUCUUAAACAGUCCGUAUAGGCUACGUUACUUUAAGUUAUGCCUGGGGACGCAUCUGAUAGUAGUGAUGACUCCGAUGCAAAAUCAAAUGAAAAGGCCUGCACCGUCAAGCUUCAAAUCACCAAUGCAAACCUCACAGGUCACACUGAGAAGGUUGGCAUGGAGAACUUUGAGCUGCUCAAAGUCUUGGGCACUGGAGCUUAUGGAAAAGUGUUUUUGGUGAGGAAGAACAGCGGUCAUGAUGUGGGCCAGCUGUAUGCUAUGAAGGUGUUAAAGAAAGCAGCUAUUGUUCAAAAGGCAAAGACAACAGAACACACUCGCACUGAGAGGCAGGUGCUGGAGCACAUCCGCCAGUCUCCCUUCCUGGUCACGCUUCACUAUGCCUUUCAGACUCAGAGCAAACUACAUCUCAUCCUUGACUAUGUGAGCGGUGGGGAGAUGUUCACUCAUUUGUACCAGCGAGAUCACUUCCCUGAGGAGGCGGUGCGGAUUUAUAUUGGGGAAAUAAUCCUGGCUCUGGAGCACCUGCACAAGCUUGGGAUAGUGUAUCGAGACAUAAAAUUGGAAAACAUUCUUCUCGACAGUGAAGGCCAUGUGGUAUUGACAGAUUUCGGGCUCAGCAAGGAGUUUCUGGAAGAGGAGAAGGAAAGGACCUACUCUUUCUGUGGCACCAUUGAGUACAUGGCCCCUGAAAUCAUCAGGGGGAAAGCAGGGCAUGGCAAGUCUGUAGAUUGGUGGAGUCUUGGGAUCCUGAUGUUUGAGCUUCUGACGGGAGCCUCUCCUUUCACUUUGGAGGGAGAGAGGAACUCCCAGAGUGAGGUGUCAAAACGUAUUUUGCGAUGUGAUCCACCGUUCCCCUCUAUGAUUGGACCCACUGCUCAGGACCUGCUGAGGAAGUUGUUGGUGAAAGAUCCCCACAAGAGACUGGGCUCUGGACCGCGAGGGGCCGAAGACAUCAAAGCACACCCCUUCUUCAAGGGACUGAACUGGGCUGAUCUGGCACAGAAGAAGGUCUCAAGUCCAUUCAAGCCAGAGCUGAAGAGUGAACUUGAUGUGGGGAACUUUGCUGAGGAGUUCACUGGCAUGGAUCCUGUCUACUCUCCAGCGAGCACGCCCCCAAGCACUGGCCGUCUCUUCAAGGGUUAUUCCUUUAUUGCUCCCUCCAUCCUGUUCAAUAAGAAUGCUGUCAUGGAAGACAUUGUAGGAUCACAGAUUGGUGCUGAUCGACCGGGCUCAGCAUCUGUGCAACGCAGUGCAAUGUUAGAGGAAUCUCAGUUUUUUCAGCUCUAUGAGCUGUGUCUUAAUGGGCCACCAUUAGGUGAGGGUAGUUUCUCUGUGUGCCGGAAAUGCCAACACAAGCAAAGUGACCGUGAGUACGCCGUCAAGAUCGUCAGCCGUAGAAUGGAGGCAAACACCCAGCGGGAGAUUGCUGCUUUGAGGCAAUGUGAGGCUCACCCAAACAUUGUCAAGCUGCACGAAGUCUAUACUGAUCAGUACCACACGUAUUUAGUGAUGGAGCUUCUGCGAGGUGGGGAGCUGCUGGAAAGGAUCAAGAAGAAGAAACUCUUUGGCGAGGCGGAGGCCAGCGAGCUGUUACGGAGCCUCGUCUCAGCUGUCAGCUUCAUGCACGAGGCUGGAGUCGUGCACAGAGACCUCAAACCAGAGAACGUGCUGUUUGCAGACGAGGGGGAGGACUCGGUGCUGAAAGUAAUAGACUUUGGAUUUGCCCGUCUCUGCCCUGCAGGCAGCGCCCCCCUGCAGACUCCCUGCUUUACGCUGCAGUAUGCUGCGCCUGAACUUUUUGAAAGUGCAGGAUAUGACAAAGCCUGUGACCUCUGGAGUCUUGGGGUCAUCUUGUACACCAUGCUAUCAGGCCAGGUGCCAUUUCAGAGUGAGCAGCGUGGGAUGACCUCAUCAUAUGCUGCUGACAUCAUGCAAAAGAUAAAAGAGGGUGAUUUCUCAUUGGAUGGGGAGGCCUGGAAGGGCGUAUCAGAGGAUGCCAAAGAGCUCGUUAAAGGCCUAUUGACAGUAGAUCCAGAGAAACGUCUCAAAAUGUCAGAUCUGAAAGAGAACAGCUGGCUGCAGGGUGGCGCAUCCAUGUCCACCACUCCUUUGUGCACCCCAGAUGUGCUUGAGUCUAGUGGGCCUACUGUUCGCACCUAUGUCAAUGCCACCUACAAGGCUUUCAACCGUGGUAAGAGAGAGGGCUUCUUUCUGAAAAGUGUCGACAACGCUCCCCUUGCAAAACGCCGCAAGCUUAAGAUGACGAGCACAGGUGUAGAAACCCGAUGGAGUUCAUCCUCUUCCUCCUCUUCUUCUUCCACUUCCUCCUCGGCCUCUGCAACAGCGUCCAAAGUGCAGCCAAAGCAAACUGUGACCCCAAAGCAGAGCUAGCCUAAAUCACAUGGGAGAGAGAACGCAGAGUCCUCCAGUUGUGAUAGGGUCACCAAGUUCUAAAAAAAAGACCAUACUGAUAAACCACUAGACCAGUUUAGGUUAGUGUUAAGUUUUCAGUACAAAAUUUCCACUUUUUCAACAGCAAAGCAACGUUUUGUCUUGAGUGAAUUGAAGAGAAGAUGAUGAUGGAGGUUUGGCUUGGACAGAAAUCUGUGGCCUUGAGAAAAAAUUUUGCUUAUUCAGUAUUCUCAUACCCAGCAUAAUAUGGUGAUAUGACACACUAAAAGUUAAAAAUUAAAGAAAGAUAUUUACCUAUUUUCACUGUGGGUAAGAAACAGUGCCUGGCUAUAUAGGGAUAAAGGGAAAAAGGAGCCAUAAAUGAGCAGAAGCCAUAUAUACAGCAAAACAGUGAAUAUUUCAAUUGAGCCGUUGUGAAUACACAAAAAUUUGCACGUAGCAAAUGAAUAGUCCUGACAGAAAUCAGCAGAAAAUUAACCCUUUAAUCAUAUCAAGUUAUUUUUAACUUUGCAGCAUGCAAAAAAAACAGCAUUCUGCUCUGUAAAGAGAGCAGUUUGUGGAGAUGUAAUUAAAAAUAAAAAAAAAACUUUUCUCAAUUGUGUAGGUUGAGCAAGAAUCUAGGUGUUUGCACUUUUUUGCAGAGAAUGUAAAUGAUCAAAUGGUUAAAAAAAGGAGCAAAUUUCUGGAAGGACAGAGCACAGAGGGACAUUAUAU